AUGAACAAGAUCUUGAAUGAUGUAUUUUUGAACAAGCUCUGCCCCAAGGAGCAACCAACUCCAGACACUCCACCUCAAGAGGAUCCAUCUCAUGAAGAUCCAUUUGAUCAGAUGGAUGAACACGACCCAAUUCAUGAGGAGGUAACAGUUUUUAAUGAAAAUGUUCAUUGGAAAAAACAAAAACUUGUGUUAGGAAUGAGAUUUGAAAAUCCUAAACAAUUAAAACAUAUGUUGUGUAAUUAUGCUGUUGCUAAAGGAUAUCAAUUGUGCUACAAAAAAAAUGAUAGUCGGAGGCUUUUAGUUAAAUGUUGUUCAGGGCAAUGCAAGUUUAGAUUGUGGGCUUCAUGGAUGAGUGAGGAAAAUUCAUUUCAGAUGAAGUCUCUUAUAGAUGACCAUAAUUAUGCUAGAAAUUUUAAAAUGGGGUCAAUUGUAAGCUAUGCAUGGAUUGGUAGCCAUUUCACAUCUAAAUUUUUACAAAAACAAAAAAUGAGUGUUAGGCUACUAAAGGAAGAAGUAAAACAAAAAUUUGGAAUUGAUGUGAGUAUGGGACAGUGUAGAAGAGCAAAGAAAUAUGCAAUUGAACUUAUUGAAGGUAUACUAGUUGAGCAUUAUGCCAAGCUUUGGUCAUAUGGUGAAGAGAUAAGAAGAUCCAAUCCAGGAUCAACUGUCAAAUUGGAUGUCAACAAUAUGCCUGAUGGGAAGACAUAUUUUAGUAAGUUUUACAUAUGCUUUGAGGGGCUGAAACAAGGUUGGAAAGGAAGUUGUAGAAGAGUAAUAAACCUGGAUGGUUGUUUCUUAAAGGGAUUAUGUAGUGAAGAAUUGAUAUGUGCCGUAAGAAGAGAUGCUAACAUUCAUAUCUUCCCAAUAGCAUGGGCAGUUGUGUGUGUGGAAAAUAAAGAAAAUUGGAAAUGGUUUUUGGAGAAUCUUCAAGAUGAUCUACAUGUUGAUGAUGGUAGUGGUAUCACCCUGAUGUCAGAUCAACAUAAGGGGCUAUUGGAGGCUGUGAAGGAAGUAAUGCCUAAUGCUGAACACAGACAGUGUGCAAGGCAUAUUGUUGCCAACUUUAGGAAAAGGUUCAGUGCAAUGAAGGAAAUACAAGUACUAAAUCCUGCAACAUUUGACUACCUUAUGGAAAAGAACCCAAAAUCAUGGAGUAGAGCUUUCUUUAGAGAGGGGAGGAUGUGUGAUGCAGUUGAAAAUGGAUUAUCUGAAAGCUUCAACAAUGUCAUUAGAGAUGCAAGGAAAAAACCAAUAAUCACAAUGUUAGAAGAAAUUAGGUUGUAUGUUAUGGAGAGGCAAUUCAAUCUCACCAUCAAAGGUUGUUCAUGGCCUGAUUUGAAACCAUGCCCAACCAUUACAAUCCUAUUGAAUCAGUUGAAAAGAGCUCAAAGGUAUUGGCACGUUUUACCUACCGGUUUAAACCAGUUUGAAACAAGGAAUUUGGCAGAGUCUUACGUUGUGAAUGUAGAUAGGAGAACUUGUUCAUGUAGAGUGUGGCAACUAAAUGGGUAUGGAUGUGUGCAUUCAGUUGCAAAAAUCUCAUACCUUAACAGUGAUGUUGGUAAUUAUGUGGAUCCAAUGUACUAUGGAGCAAUUUAUAAGAACACCUACAAGUAUCCUAUAAGUGGGAUGAAUGGUAGCAACAUGUGGCCACCUACUGAAUUCAUUCCACCUUUGCCACCAUUGAAAAGAAAAAUGUCAGGUAGACCUAAAGUUAAUAGAAGAAAAGAUUCAAAUGAAAGGGGUGCUAGACAUACUGUGUCAAAGGUUGGGAAAAAGAUUAUGUGUAGUGUAUGUAAACAAGCAGGACAUAACAAGGUUACAUGUUCUAAAUAUGAAAAGCCAACAAAACUAGAGGUAAGGAAAAGGAAGAGAUCAGAUGCUAUUGAUGGGGAGGGAAGCAGUGCUAAGAAGGAAAAAGGUAUGACAAAUGAGGAAGGAGGGAGGGGUAAUAAGGGCAUUAAUGGAAAAGUUGGGGAAGGAAGCAGUGGUAAGAAGGCAAAUGAUGUUAUAGAUGAUAAAGGGGGGAGGGGUAAAAAGGGAAGUAAUGGAAAAGUUGGGGAAGGAAGCAGUGGUAAGAAGGCAAAUGAUGUUAUAGAUGAUAAAGGGGGGAGGGGUAAAAAGGGUAGUAAUGGUAAUGUUGGGGAAAGAAGCAAUGGUAGGAAGACAAGAAAGAAGUCGGAAAGAAUUUUGAAUAAAAAACUUGGUACACGGGUUGAGGGUAACAAUGGGGAAGGCAACACUAUUGACAAGCCAAUGGAACUAGAAUAG